UAAUGGAUAAUCCUCUUACCUUUGUUUGCAUUAGUGAUACACAUUCAUAAUAUAUUGAUUUACCUUAAGGUGAUGUAUUUAUUCAUUGUGGGGAUUUCUCAACACAUGGAGAAUAUUUUGAAGUACUUUAAUUCAUUGAUUGGCUAAGAUAAUUACCUUUUAAAUAUAAGGUUGUGAUAGGAGGAAACCAUGAUAUUUUUUUAGACACUGAAAAAUAUGAAAAAUUACUUAAAAACCGAUUCCACAAAUAUACAUAAUCAGAUCACAAGAAAUUGUAAUAAGAAUUAAAGUAGAAUUGUAUAUACUUGGAGAAUUCUUCUGUAGUUAUAGAAGGGUAUAAGAUUUGGGGGAGCCCAUAUUCUCCAACAAUACCUUUAAAUCCAUGGGCAUUUUAAGUUGAACCUGAAGAUGGAGAAGAAUUUUGGAAAAUUAUGGAGGAAGGAUCUGAUAUUGUUUUAACUCAUGGAGCUCCAUUAGGUCAUAGUUCAUACGUUCAUACUUAUAAACCAACUUAGGGAGAAUGGGGAGAUGAAGCAUUAGCAAAAAGAAUUAAAGAAGUUAAGCCACUUUAUCAUAUUUUUGGACAUGUGCAUGAAGGAUAUGGAAUGACAGAAGAAGAUGGUAUUAAGUAUGUUAAUUGUGCAAUUCUUGAUGAAGAAUAUGAAUUGGCUGAAAAAGCCUAUGUUUUUCAAUUACCUAGAAGGGUUGUAUAAGAGAAAGAAGGCUUAGAAUAAAGUUGAU